CAAUGUCUGGAGUUGUUUGACAAAAAAAAAAAUCGGCAACUCGUCGCAAUUCCUAGCGCAGCCGACCAGAAUCGUGGGUGGAAGGAGGCGGCGGAGAAGAAGAGCGUGGUGACCGGAGCAGACUCAACCGCGGCCAUGUCGGUGCAGGAGUACCUCGAGAAGCACCUGCUCCCGCGCAAGAUCGAGGAGGCCGUGAACGCGGCGGUCCGCGCCAAGGCUGCCGACCCGGUGCUCUUCAUCUCGACCCACAUGCGGCGGGCGGCGCCGGCCGUGAUCACGCAGGUGCGCGCGAGGCAGAUCCUGGACAGCCGCGGCACGCCCGCGGUGGAGGUCGACCUGCACACCAACAAGGCCGUGCACCGCGCGUCCGCGGCCGCGGCCAGCGCCCCCGAGGGCGCCGCGGUCGACGCCACGAGGGACGCCGAGAAGCGGAGGCUCCUCGCCAAGGCGGUCGCCGACGCGGUGCGGGUGAUCAACGGAAAGGUGUCGGAGGCGCUCGUGGGGAUGGAUCCGCAGCAGCAGGCGCAGAUCGACCAGGCCAUCAUGGACUUGGACAAGGCACACCACAAGACUGAGGUUGGAGCGAAUGCUAUGCUGGCCGUGUCAAUUGCAGCCUGCAAAGCUGGUGCUGCUGAGAAAGAGGUUCCGCUGUACAAGCAUAUAGCAGAUCUUGUUGGUAAAAGUGCUACAACGCUCCCCGUCCCUGCAAUUACAGUCAUCAAUGGUGGAACCCAUGCUGGAAAUAGCCUUCCCAUUCAGGAAAUUAUGAUCCUUCCAGUUGGUGCAAAAAACUUCGAAGAAGCAAUGCAGAUGGGUUCAGAGACAUAUCAUCAUCUGAAGGAUAUUAUAUGGGAGAAGUAUGGUGCAGACAGUUGCAACAUCGGUGAGGAUGGUGGAUUUGCUCCAAAUAUUUCCAGUAUAACUGAAGGCCUGGAUCUUGUCAUUGCGGCAAUAGAUAGAGCUGGAUAUAAUGGAAGGAUCAAAUUAGCAAUUGAUGUUUCUGCUACUGAUUUUUGUGUGGGAAAAAAAUAUGACCUGGAGUUUAAGUCUGCAAAGAAAUCAGGGCAGAAUUUUAAAACUGGAGACGAUAUGAUUGAGAUGUAUAGUCAGCUAUGUUCAGAAUACCCACUUGUCUCCAUUGAACAGCCCUUUGACAAAGAUGACUGGGAACACUCGAAAAAGUUUACCACCCUAGAGCUAUGUCAGGUUGUAGGAGAUGAUUUGUUGAUGUCAGAUCCUGAGCGCAUUAAGCGGGCGGUGAAUGAAUAUACUUGCGAUGCUCUUACUCUCAAGGCAAAUCAAGUGGGCACUGUCACCGAGGCCAUAGAGGUUGUGAAGCAGGCAAAGGAUGCUCAUUGGAGUGUGAUGGUGUCACAUAGGUCUGGGGACACUGAUGAUUCUUUCAUCGCCGACCUGGCUGUUGGUGCAGCAGCUGGACAGAUUAAAGCUGGUGCCCCCUGCCGUGGAGAGUGCCUCACAAAAUACAAUCAGCUGCUAAGAAUAGAGGAAGAACUUGGAACUGAAGCUGUGUAUGCAGGGGAGAACUGGAGAACAGCUGCGACUUGAUUUGUGGCUUACUAGAUUUUAUCCGAUGUCAGGGAUUCUGUAGAGUUGUGUUUAUUUCUGGCUCGGCAAAGGCACGGAAAGAGGGUAGCUUAACGAACUGGAGAAACACCUUCAUGUACCUUCCAGCCCCCCGUUGAUGUGGUAGAUGUAGUGGUUGAACUGCUGGGGCCUGGGACUUGUGAUAAUCAACUCUGGUUUUUUCUUUCUGUAUGGUGUAGUGGUUCUUGGACAUGAUACAUGAGUUUGAGAAGGGGUUUAUAGCAGUAGAAUUAUUUUUCAUUUUGUUUACAAUAUACCCAAGACAAUUGUACACCAAUCUUGAGUUUGAAAUGUCUGAAAUCGUCAA